AUGACGCAGCGUCUCCAUCGUUCAGAAGAAGCACAGUCGCCAGACAUGGCGCUUCCCCUCGGUCUGUUCCUAGGCGGCGUUAUUGUCGCCAUUCCUGUUGUGACGGGCGUCGCAGAGGGCGUGGAGCAUCAGAAGAAGCAAAACGAAGAAGCCGCCAACGAGACGCGCAUGACCAAGUUCAACGCGCUUGUGUCUUGCGACAGUAACGAUGAGAUCGCAGACGAAGUCGACAACGGCAUAGUGGUGCUGCGGCACGGAAAGGUACGACUGCCUGCUCUUCAUAACUUGCGCCGGACGCGCUUUUCCCCCCCAUACAUCGUCGCGAACGACCUCGUUAACCUCUGGCCGUUGUGCAGGUCUGGGUUGUCCCCCCGCGAUGACAACCACCCCAAGCCCACACCCGCGCCCAAACUUGAUCCGCCGCUCCACGCCUUCGCCGGCUUCUACAUCCAAUACCCUGACGAAGAGCGCUUUCCGCCCCAGCGCGGCCUCGUCUCCACCAUCUCCGACGAUCCGCCUAUGCUGAACUGGCUCUACUGCGACCGCGAAACCUACGAGCUCAAAUACGGCAAUCGCAGCGCCUCCAUUACCCAAAUCGUCGGCGAGUGGGACUGGACCGAAGACGAAUCUGCCCUGACGCUCGACGGCUGGGAAGGUUUCGUCGCAAUCGAUGAAUGGGAUGGCGCUGAUUCGGAUGAUACUACCGAGUGGGGGAGAGAAGGACUGCGGUGGGCCAUCUACUACGAUAUCGACGACAAUGGGUUAAAGGGAAAGAGAAAGGGACGCGAUAUGUUUGAGAUCGCCCUCGAGAGGAAGCUGCAGAGCGAGGAGGAUCAACUGAAGCAAAUGGAAGAGGCCAACAAGAAGAUGCAGGUCAAGACGGCGGGAGACAUGAAGACUCAAUUUACGGCUCCUGCGAGGGAGCUGAAGAAGAAGAACGAGUGGGGGAGACAAGAGUGA